CAGAAACUAACGUCAUGAAACAAUAGUAACCCAAACUAAAAGCUUUUGGAGCCAUUAAGUGACUUUAUUGCCAUAUUCUGAACUUCAUGAGAAGACACAACGACAGAUAACCAUGUUCAGUUUCCUUGGACUCCGGAAAGACUCUAAGAAGCCAACAUCCGAGAAGGAGGCAGAUGGAGGCUUUGUUAUCGUCGGAGAGACAGUUGAAGAGCAGAGGAGGAAGAUGCAGUCCAUGAACAUCGCACAGCGUUCAACAAACGUCAUUGUGCAGCCAUCAAAGUCCUUCUAUACAACUCCAGCUCAACCCAUGGACACAGGUCUGCCUCCAGCUUUACCUAGCACAGCACUGAUAGCCGGACCACCAGCAGUGGAGGCUGCUGCCACUCUUCCAGACCUCCUCGGGGAUGUCCCCUUCACUUUGGCGCCUCAUGUCCAGGCUAUGCAAGCAGGGUUCUCCCUCAUCCCCGAUGUGCUGCUGUCCCGGGACAUAAACUACAACCUCGCCAAUUUUCAGUACGACUUCACUUUAGAGAACUCUGUUCUCCAUAAUACAUCAUCUUAGAUUCUAAUAUGAAGACUGUCAUCCUGAGUUCACACUGAGGGGAGCUUGGCUGAUAGGUCACUGUAUUGCAGCAUAUGGUUAUGUCAGAGGUUGCAACCUCUGACAUAACCAACAACUGACAAAAUAUA